GGCCCCAGGAGAAGGACACCUGCAGGCGACGGAGCUCCGCGAGCAGCUGAGGGACCCGGGCCCUGCGUGACCUCACCAUGAAACCUCAGUCAUCAGUGUCCUUGAAUUGGUAGUUGCUCCUGUUUGUCAGUCCCACAUAAGGACAACAGAACAUCAGGAGAUCGCAGCAGUAAGAGCCAUCAACACCAUGUUCUGCACGAAGCUGAAGGACCUCAAGAUCACAGGGGAGUGUCCUUUCUCCGUAUUGGCACAAGGUCAGGUUCCUAAAGAGCCAGCAGAGGAGGUAGCAGGAAGCUCAGAAGCAACUCUGCCCAUCUGUCAGGACAUUCCUGAAAAGAACAUAAAAGCAAAUCUUCCUCAAAGAAAGACCAGUCGGAGCCGAGUCUAUCUUCACACUUUGGCAGAGAGUAUUUGCAAACUGAUCUUCCCAGAGUUUGAACGGCUGAACCUUGCACUUCAGAGAACAUUGGCAAAGCAUAAAAUAAAAGAAAACAGGAAAUCCUUGGAAAGAGAAGACUUCGAAAAAAUAAUUGCAGACUACGCAAUUGCAGCAGGAGUUCCAGUGGAGAUCAUCAAGGAAUCUCUCGGUGAAGAGCUUUUUACAAUAUGUUACGAGGAAGACGAACACAUCCUCGGCGUGGUCGGAGGCACCCUUAAAGAUUUUUUAAAUAGCUUCAGUACCCUUCUGAAACAGAGCAGCCACUGCCAAGAAGCAGAAAAGAGGGGCAGGCUUGAGGACGCCUCCAUUCUAUGUCUGGAUAAAGAUCACGAUUUCUUAAACGUUUACUAUUUCUUCCCUAAGAGAACCACGUCCCUGAUUCUUCCUGGCAUCAUUAAGGCAGCUGCUCACAUAUUGUACGAAACCGAAGUGGAAGUGUCAUUAAUGCCACCCUGCUUCCGUAAUGAUUGCAGCGAGUUUGUUAAUCAGCCCUAUUUGUUAUACUCCGUUCACGUGAAAAGCACCAGGCCAUCCCUGUCCCCCGGCAAACCCCAGUCAUCGCUGGUCAUCCCUGCAUCUCUCUUCUGCAAGACAUUUCCAUUCCACUUCAUGUUUGACAAAGAUAUGAUGGUUCUGCAAUUUGGCAAUGGCAUUAGAAGGCUGAUGAACAGGAGAGACUUUCAAGGAAAGCCUAAUUUUGAAGAGUACUUUGAAAUUCUGACUCCAAAAAUCAAACAAACGUUUAGUGGGAUCCUGACUAUGCUGAAUAUGCAGUUCGUUGUGCGAGUAAGGAGGUGGGACAACUCUGUGAAGAAAUCUUCAAGGGUUAUGGAUCUCAAAGGCCAAAUGAUCUACAUUGUUGAAUCCAGUGCGAUCUUGUUCUUGGGAUCACCCUGUGUGGACAGAUUAGAAGAUUUUACAGGACGAGGGCUCUAUCUGUCCGACAUCCCAAUUCACAAUGCCCUGAGGGAUGUGGUCUUGAUAGGGGAACAAGCCCGAGCUCAAGAUGGCCUGAAGAAGAGGCUGGGGAAGCUGAAGGCCACCCUUGAGCAAGCCCACCAAGCCCUGGAGGAGGAGAAGAAAAAGACAGUAGAUCUUCUAUGCUCUAUAUUUCCCAGCGAGGUUGCUCAGCAGUUGUGGCAAGGGCAAGUCGUGCAAGCCAAGAAGUUUAGUAACGUCACCAUGCUUUUCUCAGACAUUGUUGGGUUCACUGCCAUCUGCUCCCAGUGCUCGCCACUGCAGGUCAUCACCAUGCUCAAUGCACUGUACACUCGUUUUGACCAGCAGUGUGGAGAGCUGGAUGUCUACAAGGUGGAGACUAUUGGUGAUGCAUAUUGUGUGGCUGGGGGACUGCACAAAGAGAGUGAUACCCAUGCUGUUCAAAUAGCACUGAUGGCCCUGAAGAUGAUGGAGCUCUCUGAUGAAGUCAUGUCUCCCCAUGGAGAACCUAUCAAGAUGCGAAUUGGACUUCAUUCUGGAUCAGUUUUUGCUGGAGUUGUUGGAGUUAAAAUGCCCCGUUACUGUCUUUUUGGAAAUAAUGUCACUCUGGCUAACAAAUUUGAGUCCUGCAGUGUACCACGGAAAAUCAAUGUCAGUCCAACAACUUACAGAUUACUGAAAGACUGCCCUGGUUUUGUGUUUACCCCUCGAUCAAGGGAGGAACUUCCACCUAACUUCCCCAGUGAAAUUCCUGGAAUCUGUCACUUUCUGGAUGCUUAUCAACAAGGAACAAACUCAAAACCAUGGUUCCAAAAGAAAGAUGUUGAAGACAGCAAUGCCAACUUUUUAGGCAAAGCAUCAGGAAUAGAUUAGCAAACUGUAUACCUGUUUAUUAAUCUUUGGGGUUAACUCCUUUGAAGAUGUGUAGAAUCUCUGAAAGCACUUUAGGAUUGCAGAUGGCUCAAUAGCAGUAUUAGGACUUCAGAAGCUAAGCCACAAUCUACUCUUUCUCUCAUUUAACAUGACAAAAAUGUACUCACUCACUUCAAUACUUCAACUCUUCUAUGUAAAAAAAAAGAAACCUCAAAACUUGACUUUUGGGGGGAUAUUUCUGUUAUAUAACAAUCACUUGCAACCUAUACUCAAAAUUCAGCACAUUGUACAUAUAUCAGAUAACUGUAGUCAACUGUACAAAGUGAUGGACUCACAUGCCAUCUCAUGCCUUGGUCAAUGCCAAGGUUAUAAAAGUGUAUUUGUGAUAGUGUUGCCUUAAAAAAGCUUUUUGAAUAGAAAUUACAUUCUUUGAUACUGUAAGUUCUUUCAACCUUUCAACUCUGCAUUUUAUUACAUUUUCUUAUAUAACUGUUAGCAUGUAUAACAGAAUACACUGCGUUUUGUUUUUUUUCCUGUGUGCUUUUUUCCUUUUCUUUCUUUCUUUCUUUCUUUCUUUCUUUUUUUUUUGGAAAAUACGCAAUUAAGGAUUAGGUGCAAUAUGAAUAUAAAAUAGUUCUGUAAAUAUCAAAGAUUACUUUUAGUUCUAGAAGUUAAAAAUAUUCUCCAUAACACAAUGUGUCAUAACAAUAAAUAUUUACUUUAGUUUGAUUCUUUUUUUAUUCUUUACAUGUAAAGGCUAUUUUAAUUCAUAUUAGCAGUUUGAUUUCUAUUAAUUCAUUGUAGUAUUACAGUAGUAAAAUAUUCAGUAUAAAGGAGGCUAUAGACUAUAUUAAAAUGCAAUAAUAUCAUUCUAAUUUAAUUUAACCAGAGGCAAUAUGGGAGUAAAGUAAGCAUACAGGGGGACCUAUCAUAAACUACAGUAGUGACACACACACACACACGGAAUAAUUUGGACCUAAUUCAGCAGAUGUCAUCCAUUGCCAUGCUGAGCCCUGUAAAGUUGCCAGAAGAAAAUCUAAGUUCAGAAGUGGAAAUUAUGACUUGCUUUUUUUUGAUGGUAGCUCAUUUUUAAGUAAUUUGUGUUGAACAUUUUGGUGUAUGUUUAUGUACCAAGAAUCAAAUUUUUGCCUCAUUAAGUAUACAUCUGUGAAUUUUUAUUCUAGUUGAAAUAUUUUGAUGAUAUUUUUAAAAAGAGACUGUUAGCAUUGUUGAAGAAAGUGACGCAGUGAUUUCAUUAUGGAAACUUGUGAACAUUUUUCUGGAGUUUGAACUUUUAUUUUUAAUGAUGUCAGUCUUAAUUCUCUGAUGCACUAAAAAAUCUGUAGAGUUUGGUUUGAGAUAAGGAUUUGAUUUUAAAAAGGGCUCAAAUUUUAAGCAAGAGAAGGAUGAACAGUACAGUUUUUAAACCAGUAUUAGCAGAGCCAUAGGUACAGUGAACUCUUAACUGGGGUUCUGAGAAGUAACUUAGUUUAAAAGUUCUUUAACUGUCUCCAUUAGUCCCCAGGCUAGGCCAUGAUGACAUGAGGAAUAAAAAGUGGUUAGUAAUUGGCCUCUAGUAUUCCAGGGGUACUACUGCAGACAUUACAGUGAUGACUACUUACUAAAUGAUACCCCAGUGUCUUAAAGGACUGACUGUGUCUCAUUAAACACCAGCCCUGUUAUUGGAAAGUACCAUAGGCCUUGGGAAAAUAUAGUUACAACUUCACAUUAUAUUAAGUUAAAUAAGUAUUCACAAAGAAACUAAAGAUGUAAAUACAUUUUUCUUUAUGGAACUGAACCCUUCUUACAGAGAAAAUUAUAGGAACUAGAAGAAAUUUAAAAGCAUAAAAUAGAAUGUCAUCUUCAUCAUGUUUUUUUUUAAGCAGACUUCAAUUUGGUAUUAAUUUGUGCUCUAAAAGUUUGUAAGUUAAUUAGAAUUUAAAAAGUAUUUUCUAUGUGUGUUUGAUGUUUAAGUACACAAACAUACACACACAAAACAAAUGGGAGAAAUGUACAUAAUCUUGGUAAAAAGCUUCAUGGGAGUUCCUUGUGCUACUGCAACUUUUCUGUAAAUGACAUUUUAUCUAAAUAAAAAGCUACCAAAAAUGUA